AUGGGGUCUCUAUGGGGUCCUUAUGUGUGUCCCUAUAGGGAGGUUCAGGUGGAGGAGAAGAAGAAGAAGAAGGACGAGGACGAUCCUUUUCCCCCCGAGAUCUGGGAGCUGCUCAAGGGGGUGACCAAGAAAAGUGAAUACGAACGAAUCGCCUUCCAGUACGGGAUCACCGACCUCAGGGGGAUGUUAAAGAGGCUCAAAAAGGUCCAUGUCGAACCCAAAAAGAGCCAAGCCUUUAUCCGUAAGCUGGACCCCGCGUACCAGGUGGACAAAGGGAAUAAGAUCAGUGGAUCCCUAUGG